AUGGGUGUAUUUGACGUUGUUCCAUCAGGUGUAUUAACCGGUGAUUCUGUUAUGAAAUUGUUUUCAUAUGCAAAAGAACAUCACUUUGCUAUUCCAUCUUUUAAUGUAACAUCUUCAUCGGCUAUAAAUGCAGUUCUUGAAGCUGCUCGGGAUACAAAAUCUCCUGUUAUAAUACAAAUUUCACAAGGUGGAGCUCAAUUUUAUGCUGGUAAAGGUCUUAGUAAUGAUGGUCAAGCAGCAAGUAUAUUAGGAGCUGUUGCUGCAGCACAUCAUGUACGACAUGUUGCUAAAACAUAUGGAGUACCUGUUAUUCUUCAUAGUGAUCAUUGUGCCAAAAAAUUAGAACCAUGUAAUACUUCUACCAUGAAUAAUUGUAAAUAUUUGAAAGAUUUUUUUCCAAUUAAGCCGAAAGACAAUGUUCGAUAUAAUAGAGUACGUGUUGAUAAUGCAGCACUUUAUACUCAACCAGAAGAUAUAUGGGAUAUAUAUAGAGAACUUUCAUCAAUAGCUCCUCAUUUUUCAAUAGCUGCUGCUUUUGGUAAUGUUCAUGGUGUUUAUAAACCAGGAAAUGUUAGACUUCAUCCAGAAUUACUUGCUAAACAUCAAGAUUAUGUUAAAAAUAAAUUAAAUACAAAUGAUAAUCAUCCUGUAUUUCUUGUUUUUCAUGGUGGUUCAGGUUCAACAAAAGAUGAAAUAAAAACAGCUGUUCAAAAUGGUGUUGUUAAAAUGAAUAUUGAUACAGAUACACAAUAUGCUUAUUGGGAAGGUGUUUUAAAAUAUUAUAAAAAAAAUGAAGGUCGACUUCAAGGUGUACUCGAUGCUGAAGAAAAACCAAAUAAAAAAUAUUAUGAUCCUCGUGUAUGGUUACGUGAAGCUGAAUUAUCAAUGAAAAAACGAGUUCAAGAAGCAUUCAAUGAUCUUGGUAGUGCCAAUACAUUAGUGAACGAAACAUAUUCAAAUUAUAGUUUAUCAUGUUUACAAUGUCAACCGAAUAAUACUCAAGAGCAAUGGAGUUUUAAACCUGACUGUUCAGCCGGUCCUUUCUGUUGGGAUCCAAGUUUUAUAGGUAUGCACACUUGCUCCAAUGACAUCAUAGCUAAAUUUUACGAGAAUGAUGCACAAGCUGCCAUCGAACUCUAUAAUUUUCAAGAAUGUGGACAAAAUAGUGAAGCAUGCCAAGCAGGAUUCUUCUCAGAUCAAAUACGUAAGGUUCAUUUGGCCUGUUGUGCUGGUUUUUUUUGUCCGGAAGGACAACUCUGCAUGAUACCGUGUCGACCUGGUUCAUAUUGUCCUACAGCAUUGAAAUCUAUCAAUGGAACUUGUCAAAGUUCAGUGUCAUGUCCAUAUUACCCACCAAAAACUUAUGGAAUCUACGGAUGCGGUGGCUCGACAUUCGAAGGAUUUUGUCCAGCUGGAUCAUUUUGUAAAAUGUCCUAUGAGAGUGAGCCAUGUCCGGAUGGUACAAGUUACUGUCCAACUGGUGUGCAACAACCAUUGCCGUGUCCAUCACAGUUUGUCUGUUUAAGUGGAAGAGCACGACGACAGCGUCUUUUGACCAGUGUUACUGUUUCUUUUGUCGUCAUUAUUGUUGUUUAUGUUGCAGUUGUGGAAAUUUUUCAAUGGCUCGUUUUGAAGAAAAAGCUUUUAGGACAACAUACUUUAGAGGAUGCAUCAAACGUGAGCAAUUAUUUCAAGAAACCGACGAAAUCAAAAUCGAAAUCGAAUCCGACUUUCCAAUUAAAUAUUCAUCUUUACAGAGCUAAACUACGAAAUGUGACACGUUUUGAUCUAGAACGAAAUGAAGGUUUUACAGGUCGCAUUACUGCUGGUCGAUUAACAGCAUUAAUGGGUGGCUCUGGCUGUGGUAAAAGUAGUUUACUGGAAACAAUUCACGGUCGUCGAAGAUUGCAUGCAAAUGGCUACAUUAAGUUUGCUGAACACGAACCAUUAAAUAAUAUUCUUACGGAUUAUAUUGGUUAUGUACCACAAGCCGAUAUUAUGCAUGAUGAUCUAACCGUCUUUGAAACUGUCUAUUAUUCUGCACGAGCGAGACGUCUAAAUGAUUCGCAGGAUAUCAUCAAAAAUGACGUUUGUUUUGUUUUGGAAAAAUUGGGAUUGGAAUUCUUGCAUAACAGACAGAGAAAACGCGUCAAUGUUGCUAUGGAAAUUGUUGCAUGUCCAAAGGUAAUACUUCUAGAUGAGCCAACAUCAGGCUUGGAUACAGUUUCUUGUGAUCAUCUAUUUGAUUUAUUACAAUUAAUAAAAUAUAGUGCCGCUGGACCAGUAACAAUAAUAAUGGUUAUUCAUCAACCGAGUCAAGAACUUUUUCAUCAAAUCGAUGAUAUCUUUUUUUUAACUCCUCAUUGUUGUUUGGCUUAUCAAGGUCCACGAAAUAAAGCAAAAGAAUUUUUAUCAGAAAAAAUUUUCAAUCAUUCAACUAAAGAUCAUCCUCCUGUUCGACACAAUGAUUGUGAUACAUGCUUCCUUAUGUUAACCAAAGCUCCAGAAUAUAUUGAAAAUCAUUCAAUAGACAAUCAAAUAAUUAGUCAACCACUCAAAACAUAUUCAUGGACGAAAAGAUGGUGUUUGCCAUUUCUCUAUGUCGUGUCUCGUUCUAUGAAGCAAAUAUAUGUACGUGGUGCCAUUGCUGAAGCAACCUAUAUGCUUGCCUAUUUUUUGUUGGGUGCCUGUGUCGGUUAUCUAUUUGAAAACAAACAACAAGGUACAUGUGAUAUACAAGUGUUGCCAACAAUCUACUUUCUCAUGAGUCUUUCCUUUGGUAUUUUAACAUGUAUAUCAAGUCAACGUCUAUUUGGCGUCGAAAUAACAAAUAAGACAUAUGAACGAGAAAGUCGAAAUUAUUUUCAUCCAUUUCAAUAUUGGUUAGCAAAAAGCUUAGUUGAUAUAUUUCGAAUGAUUUUCUAUCCAUUAUUAUUUCUCAGUAUGCUUUAUAUUGAAGUUGUACCACGUGGUCCAUUUUCUUAUUAUCUUAGUAUGAUGAUACUUCUUUCAUUUGUUUGUUCGGCUAUCGGUCAACUAACAUCAGUAAUAUUCAAUCGAACUGAAUAUGCAUAUUUAGCUGGUACUAUUGUUGCUCUUCUAUCUUGUUUAUUGUCAGGUUUCAGUCCAACUAAAACUGAUCUUGGUCGAGGAAAAUUUAUUGUUACUCUUUCUUUUUCUCGACAUGUGCAACGUGUGUUAUUUCGUCAUGAAACAGCACAUUAUGUUGAAGUAUAUAACAGUACUUUAGCUCAUAUAUGGCUAACUCAAGUCAAGUUUCUUGAACACAAUUUCUCAUUCAACGACAGUGAAAAUCCAUUUUUUUGGCUAAUUUUAAUUGGAUUCGUUUUGCGUGCCAUUACUUUUUUAUUUCUAUACGCUAAAUCUGAAUAUCGUUCUACAAUUCGAUUUCAUGUCACUCAUUUGGGUCCUACUAUUCAAAGUUUAUUUCGUUGUGAACCUUGUCGUGAGAAAGCUUCUUCUCCAGAGGAGGGCUAUCAAUUAUAA